CUAUUCCAACAGCCUAUAAUAAUAAAUGCCGCCUUACUAAGUCCUGAUUGCGCAUUCUGGGAUAUUACUCGAUGACCUACCACGGUAUCGUCCCACGAUAUGAUGCUUGUCCCCGGAAAUAUAUACUUGAGAUCACCCCGCACAUACCUUGUGGCUUAACAUCCAUAACUCCUGUUCUAUCCUAUUCAUCCGCUAUCUCCGUUCAAUCAGUUUCAUUUCACAGUUUACAAUUCAUCAUGUCUGACAAACCAUCCUCCCAAGAGCCCGCCCACCAACACGAGGGCUUCUUCGAGCGAAUACUCCAUCACCACAACCAGAACGAGGAUGCCAAAUACCAGAAGGAGCCCGAUCAGGACAAGGCUCAUAAAGAUGACCAUGACCACGACCAUGAUGCUCAUAAGAAAAAGGAGAGCGAGUUGGACAAGAUGAAGGACUACCUCCAUGAAGAUGAGGAGCUUGAACAGGAAGGAAGAACCUACGGAGGCUUGAUGUAA